CACACACACACACACACACAUUCACACACACACACAGAGGGGCGCAUGGUGUCUGUGUUGCAGCGGUCAGCUGCGGCUGUGCUGCUGCAUGUGUCGCUACUGGCAGCUGCGUUGGUGCGGGUGUCUGCACUGUCGCUGGUGUACCUGGCGGCCCUCUUCUCCCUGCUCCUGCUGCCACUGCAGUUCUCAAAGCAGGCAUACCGCAUCGUGCUCUUCCUGCGCGUGUUUGCACCUGUCGUGUGCCUCGCGCAGCUCGCUUUCCAGAUCUACCUCGGCAGCCAGAAGCCCUAUGCCCGCAAGCUCGACCAUGACUCCGUCCUCGCAAGCACGCUGGCACAGAUUGGCUUCGUGCGCUUCGACGUCAUCUGGCACACGGUGCUGCGGUUCCUUGCGCCCGAUAUCGUCGUCGCCCUCGUGGCCUUGGCUGUGCCGCGCCCGCUCAACCCGCAGGCGUACUUCACCCUCUUCCCGGAGGAAGGCACCGGCCGCCUGACUGCGCUCUGGGUGGCCAUCAGCGAUACGGGCAUCUGGAUGCUGCUCGGCACGUUUGUGCUCACCUGCUGCAACGCCGCAGCCCCCGCCGUCCUCUUCUACCUCGUCUACCUCUCCCUCAUCGCAGCCUUUGUCUUCGCGUCGCUCAAGAAGUGGGUGGCGCGGUGUCGCCCCCUCCUCUCCGCGGUCCUCACCCUCUACCUUGCCGCAACCUACGUGUUCCAGCUCCCCUUUGUCUACCAGGCCAUGGAGCCCAGCGCUGAUGUUCUUGGUCUGAUCUCCUACGUGGAGCAGCGGCCUCCAGCAUACCACGCCUCCCCUGUUCUCCGCCUCAACGACCUCGCUUGGCCCCUCUGGAUUCUCCUUGUUGCACAGAUCCUCACCUUGUACCUCGUGACGGCGCCCUUCCGUCGCUUCAGACGUGCGCAGACCAUCACCACCCGGCCCAGUCUUCUGGAGCCGCUGCUUGGGGGCAGCGACGAAGAGCAGCAGCACUUCAACCCUCUCGGCAGUCGCGAUAUGCGCAACGAUUUUGCAGUUCACAAGCGCAGCAGGUCUGCCCAUCGCAGCCACGGCCAUGUCGAUGAGGUUGAUGAGGUUGAUGAUGACGAUGGGUUUGGCUACCACGAUGAUGCUGCUGCUGCUGCUGAUGAUGAUGAUGAUGAUGAUGUGCUCGGAGACGAAGGAGAUGAUGUGGAGCAGUAUGACGAUGAUGAUGUUGUUGUUGAUGGUGAUACGCUUGGGGACGACAGCAAGAAUGGUCCGUCCUUCAUGUCUCACUUGUGGACACAGGCCAUGACCUCUAUCACAACAACAGCCGCGACCCUCCUGCGCCCAGUGGUCAAGGUGUGCGUGAACCAGAGCUGGAUUGUGACGCUGGUUGCGCUGUACACGUGGGCGCUUGCGUUUCCGUCGUGGUUUGGCGUUGUCAUGAUUGCUUGGUCCCUCGUUGCCGUCUACCCAGAGACACCAACCCUCUUCUUUCGAAGCUCGUUCGUCCUCAUUGUCUUUGGAGGUGUCAUCACUCUCCUCAACCUCCUCUUCUUCAUCCAUCCAGACAUCAUCCCAGACAAGGACGUGGCCGAGCAGCUCGGUCUGCACGAGCACGCGUCACUCGAGCGAAUCACAGGCACCAUUGCUGCAAAGCUCCUCUUCAUGUUUGUCUUUGCUCUCACCGCACGCGCGUUCGUGAAGACACCCUGGUUUCAGCGGCAGCUUCGAUCCACGGCACACACGCACGGCAGCAGUGGCAGCACAGGCGGAGACAGCAGCCCGACCAGCACCACCGCCACCACUGCUCUCCUGUCAGACAGGAGAACCACAACCCGUGCAGCAGGUGGUGCUCGCGACGACCAUCACGCGCAUCGUGACCAGCAGUUGCGCCGCCGUGGCCGCGUCAAUGACAGCGAUGACGCCGAGGAUGAUGAUGAUGAUGACAAUGGUGACGAUGGUGGUCGUGGGGGUUACAGCUACCAUGGCUACAGCGGCGUUGGUGAUGGUGAUGGUGUUGGUGGUCGUGGCAGUCAGGCGUACGCCAACAUGGAUGGGGGCGAUGAUGGAAAGCAUACAGCAGUCACUCCGAUGGUGUCACCAUCACCAUCAUCACCAUCAUCGUCGUCGUGGUGGAAGGCGAAGCUCAAGCACGCGCUGUCCUCGUGCGCGGAUGCUCUGCUGUUCGUGUGGGACCUGUGUCUGCGUUACGCCUAUCUUCUCACGGUCCUGAUUGUGUACGUCGCAAGCCUGAACGAGGUGACGGUGUUCAACGCAGCCUACCUCGUCAUCUUGAUUGCCUUCCUCGGCUUUCCGCGCCUGCGCGAGGAGUACUGGGUGUGGCUGCUGCUCUACUGCACCGCAGUCAUUCUCGUCAACUACCUGUGGGGCUUCCCCUCUGUCCGCACGUCAGACAGCACGGUGGAGUCGCUGCUUGGCCUGGACCCGGCCAUCCACCACCACAUAUGGCGCGAUCUCCGCUGGCACAUUGCCAUUCUCGGGCUCUCCCUCAUUCAGCUGCUCGCCUACCGCCUCAUCCCGUCAACGCGCGUGUCUCAGCCGCCAGCACUGCCGCCUUGCGACCACGACACCAGCAGUGCGGAUGGCAACAUGGAUGCACACCAUCGCACGCAGGCGACGCGCAAAGUGGCGCCUCAGCCAUACUCACAUGCCUUGCCUUCACCACCAUCGCCAACAGCACCGGCAGCAGCGUCAAUAACAGAACCACUGCUUGCACAUGAUGCCAGUCAUGCAGCGCUUGUGCGUGGUGAUGAGGAGGGUGUACACGCGCCACCAAGCUUCACCAAGACACAUCGUGUUGGUACUGGCACGGGCGACCGUGAGCAUACGAAUACCAACGGCGACGGUGGCGGUGGCGAUGGCCCGCGCGUGAUUCGAUGGCUUCGGAACACCGACCGAUGGCUUGAGCUGCAGGCAAAGCGCUAUUGGGCGUUUGUGGUGUGUCUUGCUCUCUUCCUUGGCGGCAUUCUUGGCACGGUGACGUUCAUGCGUCUUGGAUACUUGGCGCUGCUGACGGUGCAGCUGCUGCUCUUUGAGCUGGGCCAGCACGCUGUCAUGCGCAAGGUGUGGUAUAUUGUGCUGCUGUAUGCGGGUGUUGUGCUCGUUGCCAAGUACAUGUAUCAAUUUGAGGACCUGCGCCCACGCCUCAACCGCGCCUUUGGCGAGAAGCUGCUUGAGGAUGCUGGGUUCCGCGUCAUGAAUUCACAGCGACGGCUGUUCAUCUACUUGCUGCCGGCGACGCUGACGCUUGUUGCUGCGGUGAUUCAAACGCGCGUGCAAACGUCAGAACGCUCUCUGUUUGAAGGGCCAAUGUUUCCCUCUCGCACUAUCUUGCAGAAGGCUGCUGUCGGGUUUCUGCGCAUGUGUGCGUUGCAUGUUGAGCAAGUUGUGAUUGGGCUGGCGCUUGCAUCUGCACUCCGCCCGACACCUGAAGGAAUGGACAUCAUCACCAUUCUCCUCAUCGGCCUCGUCAUGCUCAUCCCAAAGUCAAAACGCGUGCUCCACUUCCUCCUCCUUGCUUGGAUGGCGGCAAUGGCGCUCGCCAAGCUGGCGUAUCAGUUGCAUGAAGUCAAGCUGCACAUCAACGAGACUGAGCUCUCGUGGUUUGGGCUGCACCCCAUCCACGGAACCAAGGAGACACCACUCGCUCUUGUGCAGUGGGAGAUCUACGUGAUGCUGAGCAGCAUCUGCCGCCGCGUGCUGCGCGAUGUGCGGGGACGGUUGUGGGGUGACGACAACACACGAGGCCAGCGCUGUUUCUUCGACGAGCCACCACCACGACCAGAGUCUAUCGAACGGAUGGCCGAGUCGCGCACAUCCACAUCCGGCAGCACGUCCGAUGGUGAUGGCGACGAUGAUGCUGCCGCUGUGGAGAGCGUCCCCCUCGUCGAGAGCACGAACACGAGCGGAGUAUUUGGUGGCGGCGUUGUGCCGGAGGAACCGAGAGUGUGGACGAUGGAUGCGGUGUCAACGGGUCUCAAGUUUGUCAUCAACCACUACUUUGAGCUCUUUGGCAUGUACCUCGUCCUGGUACUUGCCCUCGUUGCCGCGCUGGUGCGGCUGAACGUGGUGUCGCUGUUCUAUCUCGUUGUUGUGGGUGUGCUUGCUGUUCGCCGCAACACCAUUACGCACGGCGCCUGGCGCACCAUCCUCAUUGUCCAAGCCAUCCUUUUCCUCUACCUGUACGCGUCCGCCCUAGGCCUUCCCGAUAAUGUUGAGUAUCCCUGGGACGGUGUUGCCUCGCGUCAUUAUGCGCUGCGGGUGGUGCUGCGCUGGGUGUACCUGCCGCCAAACCAUCCUGGUCACGAGUCCACGCACGAGCCAAACAACGGCAUCAUCCCUCGCGCUCCGCUUGGCUGGUCCACGCCAGAGGCAUUGGCGCCGCGUCUGAAGGAGCAAAUUCUUCGCCACAAACAGCGGACUGCAACCCGCGUUGAGCUUGCCAAGCGCUUCAUCCAGCGGCUGAGUGAGUACAAGCGCAAGGACUCAACGCACGCGUAUCGGGAGCGAGAGCUUGCACUGUGGUUUCUGCGACGGCGUGAUGCAAGCACACUACUGUCACAAUCGCUCACAGCACCAGACGAGGACUAUCCAGAAGACACAAGCGGAAAGGAUGAUGCCAGUGGUGAUGGUGUCGCUGGCGACCAGGGGAAGCACGAGGGCGCAAGUGCUCCAACUAGCGCAGCUGCACCACGUGUGGCCUCCACACACGACUUGCCUCCCACACCAGUUGCAACGACGACAACCGACGACACGAGUGGCGCCAUUGAUGCUCACGCUUAUGGUGGUGAUGGUGAUCUUGAUGUUGACCUUCAGCCUGAUCCUGAGGAAGAGGUGGUGCUGAUGACUCAUCCACCAGAGCAGCAAGACGGCGGGGCAGCCAGUGCGGCACAGCAGCCCGACACCACAGCACCACGACGGCAGCAGCAGCAGCAGAAAAGUGAGGACGGAAGCAAAGAGAAGGACGCGCCAAAACCGCCCCUGCUGUCCCGCUUGCGCGUGUGGAUCAUCACGACGUGGAGGAGUGGACUGAAGGCCCUGCAAACACAACUGCACGAAGCAAACCAUGUGUUUGAACCCCUGUGGCGAGACGACUGGACCUCCUCCUCAUCGCUGUCGCCUUCGAGUCCGGGAUGUGCGCGCUUUGACGAAGAUGAGCCACCGCCGUCAGCAAGCAAGCCACCGCCAUCCCUCUCCACGGAGCUGUAUCGCUUCUGGAGCACGCACACGCACGUGCCAUGCUACCUCCUGCUGAUUAUCAAUGUGCUGGUGGAGUCGUCGUUCCUGGCAGUGCUGCUGCCGCUCUUCUACUUCCUCUGGGGCGGCCUUGUUCGCCCGUUCCCCUCCAUCGUCUUCUGGAAGGCGCUCACCUUCUACUCCAUCGGAACAAUACUGUUGAAGCUUGCGUUCCAGUUUGAGUUUUGGGGACAAUUCAACGCUCCCGCGCACAGCGAAUGCAGGCAGUCGUUCUUCAACGACGGCUGCAUGGAUUUCCCUCGCUUUCUCGGCAUUUGGCGGUAUGCGGACACGCCGGAAUUUCUUGUGGAUCUGCUGCCAGACAUGCUGCUGUUGCUGUCACUCUUUGUUCAUCGCGUCAACCUGCGCUCCCUCGGCAUGUGGCAACCAAAAGUGUGGCCAGAUAUGGACAUGAAGCCAGCAACAACAAGGCAGCAGAGGAAGAAGGACAAGCAGGCGCAAGAUGCCAUUGCCAGCGGCGGCAGCGAACACAAAGCACAUGCGCUCGUGCGGUCUCGCACGCCCUCAACGGCAGUGACAACUGCUGAGGUGCUUCACAUGGAUGGUGACACCACAGCUACCGAACCACAUUUCCAUCAUGAGCAUGCUGACGUGUCGCAGCACAGCCGAACGCGAACAAGCACCUUGUCGUCGCUUCGCUCACGGCGGUCAGCAAGUGCGUCAAGCAUCCUCUCUGGUGCAAGUACACACGACGAUGGCUGGGCUCAUGACCGCGACGACACCGACCACCACCGCCACCACCACCGUCGUCGUCAUCGUCGUCGUCAUCGUCGUGGGUCUGCCGCUUCGGGUGGCACAUCGCUCCUGCACCGGUUCACAAAGGGUCUUCGUGAUAUUCUCGAUGAUUCACUGGCGGCGCCUCGCGACUACUACAUUCCCUCGUUCCUGGUGGAGUUUUUGUCCUUCAUUGUCAUCUGUUUCGGGUGGUCUGGCUUCCGGCGCCGGGAACAGUUUGCUGUCAGCACAAGCUCCAUCAUCCAAGACAACAACAUUCCAUCCGGGCUCCUCCUGUACAUGCUCAUGCAGUUCCUGUUUAUCAUCGUCGACCGUGCCCUCUACCUGACGCGCAACGUGCGUGGAAAACUCAUCUUCCACUGCCUCGUGGCCCUCCUCGUCCACUUUCUCGUGUUCUAUUGGAUCCCGUCCACAACCCGCCGCUCCUUCAGAGAGAACAGCGUCAUCAUUGUUCUGUACAUCCUCAAGGUCGUCUACCUCUUCCUCUCCGCCGCGCAGAUCCGUGCAACGUUCCCGCUCUCCGUACAGCGCAACUCGCUCACCCGCCACUCCACGCUGUUUGGGUUUGUUGUCUUCCAAGUGUACCGUGCCAUCCCCUUCAUGCACGAGCUUCGGAUGCUGUUGGACUGGUCGUGCACUGCAACCACGCUCCACCUCAACGACUGGUAUCGCGUCGAGGACAUCAACGGGCAGCUGUUUUCCAACCAGUACACAAUCAAGUCUGAGAAGAAGGAUGGCCGCAGAUGGGGCGAGAAGCAGCCACUCAUGCAGAAGUUGGCCACCGGUGUGUCUCUCGUCGCCGUGCUGGUGAUUGUGCUCUGGUUCCCGCUGCUCAUCAUGUCCCUCAUCAACAACCGCGCGGAGCCGAACGUGCCCAACAGAGUGGAGAUUUCGCUCAGUGUCAACUCCUUCGAGCCCAUCUUCGUAAUGGACACCGUGCCCACGCUUCCCUCCAUCGCUGCGGAGGACUAUGCGGAACUCGAGUCCGUCGAUCCGUCCGGUUUUGUCAACAGCUUCAGGCAAUCUGACGUCCAGCGCGUGCUUCUAUCGCCACAGUCCAAGUCCGUGUGGACAAUCUCUCCCUCGUCGCGCGCACGGUUGCUGACAACGCUUCGUGACAACACAACAGAUGUCGUACUUGAGUUUACCGUUCGCUUCACGCGUGACGUUCGCGACGGUGUGGCACAAGUGUCAACGGAGACGCGCACAACGACCAUCUUGCCCGAAGAGCCAACAAGACUCCAGCUCUUGGAGGCACUCAACACAUCAAACGCGCGCGUGCACCUCCCAUUCGUCUACGCGUCCACAUUCCACCUCAGCCAUGAAGACAUGCCACGCCCACAAUCAGCUCUCCCUGAUUCCCUACGAGAUCUGCUCGUCAACUGCACUCUCUUCCGUCAAAUUGACGGCACGCACGAAUGGUGGACCAUGCUCCAGUCAUCACCACACGUGGCGAGUGCCACGGACAACCGCAACAUCUCGCACUCCAAGUACCCCGCAUCCCAGUGGCUGGAAAUCGUCACCUUCAACGACCGCGUUGUGCCGGAAAGUCUAUCCUUCAUCAGCAGUUACGGCAUCGUUGGCCUCUACGUCUCCGUGGUGCUCGUGAUUGGACGAUUUAUCCGCCUCAGCGUCGACAACGUCUCCCACAAGAUCAUCUUCGAAAAGAUGCCACAGGUGUUGGCUGUGCGAAGUGUCUUGGACGCACUGUACUUGAGUCGUGAGCACGGCGAGCUAUGGACGGAAGAAAGCAUCUUCCAACUUCUACUCCGGUUGUACCGGUCCCCUGAAGCGCUGCUUGUGUGGACAGAUGAACAGCUCCUGCACGAGUACGAGCAGCAGCGGGCGCAGUCGACACCAUCCACCGCCUCCUCCUCAUCGUGAAGGGCAACGUGACACACGCGCGCACACACACACACACACACACACACAUAAAGGUCAAUUGACCUUUGCGACAAUCAUCACGUGCGUGCGAGCUUCGUUGGCGUUGUUGUAACAGCGCUUCCAGUUGCCCAAGCACGUCACAAGUUCAGUUUCGAGCCUCUCUAGUUGUGAAAUAAAAGCUCAGAAGAAGUCACACACACACACACACACCAGUCAAAUACAAUUUCUACAAGC